GUCCAUUAUUCCUCGCAAAGAGAUAGAGAGCGAACUGGUCCGUGUGGAGGUGUUCUUGGAAGGUUCUCCCGCGUCAGGGAGUAGUUGGCGCCAUCGCCGUUACCUUCUUUAGCUAAGCUAUAGGACACCCGCACACGCGCAUACAUACACGAGAAAGAGAAAGAGAAAGGAUUCACUCACGGGAGGGAGAGGAGGAAGAAGAGAUAGGGGGAGAGAUCGAUCGAUGGGGGACGACCAUGGCGCCAAGCUGGUGAAGAGCCUGCGGGGCGCGGCGCAGAAGUACGUCGGCGUGGGAUUCUUCCUCGGCUUCUUCCUCGUCCUCCUCACCUACUUCACCCUCUCCGAGCAGUUCGCCAUCGCCGCGCCCAACGCUAUCCGGAGGACCUCGGCGGCGCACCCGACGCCGACCACCCCGGCCGUGGCAGAGAAGACGGUGCAGCAGCAACAGCUCCCCGUCAAAAAGGAGGAAGCACCUCUGCCAGAGCAUGAACAAGUACAAGAGAAGCCACCACCUGUCGACGAGGAGCCCCACAGAGAAACAGAGGAGCCCAACUCAGAAACAGAGGAGGACCCCAAGCCCAUCGAUGAGGCUAGCAAGAUCGUGACCACCGCGGAGGAGAGCGCGCCGGCGAAGAAGCCGGCGUGCGACAUCCAGGGGCCGUGGGCGUCCGACGUCUGCGACCUCGCCGGCGGCAGCGGCGGCGUGCGCAUCCACGGCUCGACCCACACGGUGCUCGUCCCGCCCACCAUCGAGUCCGGUGGCAGCAACCCCAACCCGCAGGAGUGGCGCGUGCUGCCCUACUCCCGGAAGCACAUGUCCGGCAUCAAGGAGAUCACCGUGCGCGAGCUGCCCACGGCGGCCGACGCGCCCCGCUGCGCCGUCACCUCGCAGGUCCCCGCGCUCGUCUUCGCCAUGGGCGGCCUCACGGGAAACUACUGGCACGAUUUCAGCGACGUCAUGAUCCCGCUCUACCUCCAGGCGUCCCGCUUCGACGGCGAGGUGCAGCUCGUGGUCACCAACAUCCAGCCAUGGUACGCCGGCAAGUACCGCCACAUCAUCGCCCGGCUCUCCCGGUACGACGUCGUGGACAUGGACAAGGACGACCAGGUGCGCUGCUUCCCCAGCGCCGUCGUCGGCAUCCGCAUGCACAAGGAGUUCAGCAUCGACCCCACCAAGGAGCCCACGGGCCACUCCAUGCCCGAGUUCACCAAGUUCCUCCGCAACGUCUUCGCGCUCCCGCGCGCCGCGCCGAUGAGGGUCACCGCCGGGAGCGACAAGAAGCCGAGGAUGAUGAUCAUCUCCCGGCGCCACCCGAGGAAGCUGGUCAACGUGGCGGAGGUGGUGGCGCUGGCCAAGCGGAUCGGGUUCGAGGUGGUGAUCGGGGACCCGCCGUUCAACGUGGACGUGGGCGACUUCGCGCGGGAGGUGAACGCCGCCGACGUGCUCAUGGGGGUGCACGGCGCCGGCCUCACCAACUCGCUCUUCCUGCCGACGGGGGCGGUGUUCAUCCAGGUGAACCCCUUCGGCAAGAUGGAGCACAUCGGGGAGGUGGACUUCGGGACGCCGGCGGUGGACAUGGGGCUCAAGUACAUGGCCUACUCGUGCGGCAUGGAGGAGAGCACGCUGGUGGACACGCUCGGGCGCGACCACCCGGCGGUCAAGGACCCGGAGUCGAUCCACCGCAGCGGGUGGAGCAAGGUGGCGGAGUACUACCUCGGCAAGCAGGACGUGAAGCUCGACCUCCAGCGGUUCGAGCCGGUGCUCCUCAAGGCCAUGGCCAUGCUCAGAGAGUAGCCGCUCCGAUCGAGCUUGCAGCCCCGGCGCAUUGGUUGAUUCGCACUAGCGUAGAGCAGUUCCAUUUCUUCUAAUUUAUUCCUAUUAAUUUACAUAUUUUUUGGGUGGAUAUAUAUUGAUCAAAACGGUUAUACAGUAUAUAUGUGUUACACUGAUCGAUCGACAGAGCAAUACAAAAUAUUGAUCAUA